CCUUUCGUUCAGUUGACCCUUGUCAUGGAGGACAGCUUUCACCACGAUGCUCAUUUCAAUCUCAAAAGUAUUGAAGAGCGAUUGGAUCGCUUUGAAAGUAAAUAUAAAAAAAAAAUUGAAGGUAAUAUAAUUAUUAGACUCCUGUCGUUUUGUGGAGAAAAAAAUAUGAAUGCAAAUGAUACUAAGUCUGUUGCCAGGGACUUAUCGUACAUUUUAAUUCAAAAAAAUGGACUUUUGAGUUUUAUUCAAGCCACUUGUGAUUUGGAAAACUCAUCGGAAAUAAAAACAACUUUUGAUCAGCGUUUUCGUGCAAUAAGUUUUAUUAUUGCUAACAUGCCUGCUAUUUGUUGUGACAAAGAUGAUUUUUAUUCUAGUCUGUCUAGGCAAGUUAUUUUGAUAUUAACUACAUUAUCAAAAGGUGAUGCUGACAAACAAACAAUCAAAUUAGCAAGCUACAUAUUUAUCGCCCUUUACAACAAAAAACAAUCACUGGGUAAAGCUAAACUCAUAAAACCCAUAACGGAUGCAAUUUGUUGUAAAGAAAGCUAUUUAACACUGACGCAAAGCAUAAUUUGUAUCCAUCAUCUUAUCCUGAGUGAUUUUGAUAAAAAUCAAUUCAUUCCUGUUUUCCCAAACAUAUUAGCUAUCAACACAAUUUUAUAUGAAACCGUGUCUCCGAUUAAAAGGGCCGCUAAAGAAAUUGUCAUCGAUAUCCUCAAAUAUGUGGAUCAGUCUACAUACAUAUUGGCUACCUCUAUAUUCAAUCUUCAAAUUUCAAUUAAUUUAUAUUCAACUGGAUUGGUUAAGAUAGGAAACGAAGAAAUGCUAACUGUUAUUCCUAGCAACUUAAAUUAUGUAUCUGUGGAUGAUGCCAAAUUUUUGGAUAAAACGGUUACUGCAAUAACAUCCAUUCUCGAUGACUUGGGUAAUGAAUUUAAAUUGGACUUUUUUUUGAUUUUGGUUGAAAAAGUGCAUCUUUCGCAUUUCAAUCAAAUGGUUUUAUUUUCAUUGGUGGAUGCACUGCAAGAGCAAGUUUCAAACUGGAUUCUAGAUUAUCCAAAUAAAGCCAUUCAAUUUCUCACCAAUACACUGCGAAGAAUCACUUCGGAAAGCAACGAUUCCAUUCAAUCUUUGAUGGACCAAGAAGAAGAACAAAUUUUAGAAAAAUCUAAAUUGUUGCAGAUGGACUCACUUUCGAUGUUGAUACAAAUUGUUUCGAUUCUCGUGGAAGCAAAAGAUAAGUUAACCAGCGAAGAAUUAUUAUCUCUCAAAACUUGCAAUGUUUAUUUGACAAAAGUGGUUGCUUCAGAACUCUUAUCGAAAUCGGAGCAGUUGAAAAUUCAAAGCCUGGUCGAUGAAAUCAAUCAUCUACAUGAAACCACAAAACACUCAAAAAUUGACAACGAGGAUAGAUUUGCAGAAGCUGUACGUUGCCUCAAUAGUAAUUUUAUGCCACAAAGAGCCCAUGGUUUAGUAAUUCUUCGUAAUUUAAUUGAUGCACAGCAUCAAAGUACAAUUGAUCACAAGUCUGAGCUUUUUACUCUCAUCAAAGCUUGUCUAAGUGAUCCAGAUUCUUACGUUUAUCUUGCCGCCGUUAACGCUUUAGCAUCUUUAGCAUUGGCACACACAGAGAGCUGUCUUCCUACUCUGAUUGAGGCUUAUCAUGACAGGGACAGAUCAGUUAGAGAAAGGGUUUCAGUUGGUGAAUCUCUGGUCUGGGUCUGUAAAUACUUAGGUCAAUUAGCUCAUCAUUACCAUCGUCUAGUGGUAGACUGUUUUCUUACUGGAUUAAGAGAUGAAAACGAGUCCAUCAGAGUUUCAAGUCUUUCCAAUUUGGGUCAAUUUUGCUCUUCCCUGAAAAACGCUCUCAGUUAUUGCAUUAUCGAGAUAGUCUGUGCUGUUGAAUGUCUCCUCAAAACGGAUUCCAGUUUAGAUGUUAAAAGAGCUUGUCUUAUGUUUGUGUAUAUCAUGUUGAAUGGUAUUGAUAAUGCUGAGGUUAUUCUUGACCACCUCAAACAGAUCUAUCAUAUUAUUAAAUCAAUCGACUCGAAAAGUCUGGGUGAUGAUAUUAUUCGAGUUCACGCACAUCUAGCUUUGGAAGCCAUUGAUAAUCUAAUGAAAAAAUUAAUUAAACCUGAAAAUGAUCUCAUAAGACCAAUCAAAAUGAAUUGAUUGGUACUUUUGUAUUCUUUGUAUAUUCAUUAUGUAUCAUAUCCAUGUUUCAGUGGAGUACCAGAUAAUGUCAGUAAAUUUUUCAAUAGCCCUCAAACCCUUUGUUUUGAUGUCCUUUGAAAUUUUUGCACAAUGUACGUAUUUUAAUAUACAUUUAUUCUAUAGUUUGAUUAAAAAUUUGAAAAGUUUUAGACACAAAA